AUGGAAGAACUCCCAAACAGUAUUUGCAGGCUGAGUUCUCUCAAAGAUCUGAGUCUCGAAUAUUGCCCAUCACUCAAAAGCUUGCCUGAGUCAAUUGGUGAUCUAAAGUCUUUGGUGAAGUUUUCCUUGGAUGGGGAAAAAAUGGAAGAACUCCCAAACAGUAUUUGCAGUCUAAGUUCUCUCAAAGAUCUGAGUCUCCAAUAUUGCCUAUCACUCAAAUGCUUACCUGAGUCAAUCGGUGAUUUAAAGUCUUUGGUGAAGUUUUCCUUGAGUGGGGCAAAAAUGGAAGAACUCCCAAACAGUAUUUGCAGGCUGAGUUCUCUCAAAAAUCUGAGUCUCUAUGAGUGCUCAUCACUCAAAAGCUUGCCUGAGUCAAUCGGUGAUUUAAAGUCUUUGGUUAACUUUUCCUUGCAUGGGACAAAAAUCGAAGAACUCCCAGACAGUAUUUGCAGGCUAAGUUCUCUCGAAACAUUUGAUCUCAAUGGAAUGGAGUCACUAAACAGGUUGCCUAAGGCCAUUGGUAAUCUUAAAUGUUUGGUUAAACUUUUUUUGAACCAGACAAAUAUUAAAGAAGUUCCUAAUGGUGUUGGAUGGUUAAAGAAACUUAAGUUAGAAGAUAUUGGAGGCCUCAAGGGAACAAAGUCCUUGAAACAACUGUCCAUAAGUAAUUGCAACACCAUAGCAGAUGCUGGAAGGAAGAUAAUUGGCCAGGGAACACUUUUAUUAGCGGAUGAUGAUGAUGAUGAGAUAUAG